UUUUCUUGCCUCGGGCAUUUUAGCUUUCCUUUAAUUUUUUCAAUUUUUUUCUUGCCUUUUUUAAAAGAAUGUUUGUGCCUUCUUCAUCUUCAAAUCAUUCCCCUAUUUUUGCCAAUUCUUCUUCUGGCCCAAAUUCUGAUUUUGUUGUUUCUGCGACUGUUUGUCCAAGUAUUACAGCUGUUCAACAAGCAAAGUUAUGUCAGAAAAGAUGUUUACAAUGGAGGGAUAUAUUUUCUGAAAGAAUUUAUUUGGUUUGUAAUCAAAUCCACCCAGGAAUGGGCCUUGAAAAGGAUGCCCACCAAUAUAUUUCUGAAAUAUUGGCAAGAGUUUUGUAUGAAAUAUUGGAGCAAGCACCAACAAAUCCUGAAGAUUUAUUACAAAAAGUAAAGACUACAUUCCCUUUGGCAUUGGGGAAUUUUGUGGCAAAAGAGACUCGAGAUUCUGUUCAAAAUUUCUUCCUCAAACGCCUCAACCAAAGCAAAUCAAAAGAAGUUAAAUCUCUGGCUGCACUUUAUAGAAAAAUUUAUAAUGUAUCUAAAGAACAUUUGGGACAAAAAUUGGACGAAAAAACAGUCUCUCAAUUAAUGCAUGUUUUGGAGUAUAUUUUACAUGAUUUAUUGAAUUGGACAGGCACUUAUGUAAAUAAACUUCUCGAUGAAAGCAGCACAAUAAGUCUAUUUGGACUAAGAACGGCUUUAAAUGCUGACAGAGGGCUAGCUGAUCUACUUGAAAUUCUUUAUGGAAAUGAGGAGGAAUUGUCUUUGGCAGGAGUUUUUACAAAUACUACACAAUCUUCUCCAGCUGCGCAUACACCGUCUAUAUCUUCCUCAAUUUCUGUUGACCAACAUGUACAAGAAUCUGACAAAAGUCAAUAUUAUGAAAAGCUUUGCAAUGAAUUCAAACAAGACGAAAUGCGUUUUAUUCGCGACCUUAGUAUGAUUGUUAAUGUUUUUAAACGUCGUUUGGAGGCAGGAAUAAUAGGAAGUUCCCCUUCUAAAGACAAUUAUAUUGCUGGAAUAUUUGGAAAUGUUCACGAAAUUUAUGAACUUACAAUAAAAAUACAUCGAACAAUCGAGGACGGAAUUGAUAUGGCAAGUCCCCCAUUGCUUGGAAUGGGACUUUGGGAAUUGGCAGAGGGGUGUGAAUUUGAUGUUUAUCUUCAAUUUAUGGAAGUUUUUAAAGAACCGCUUAAUAAGAAAAUUGAAAGAAUGAUGAAAGAGCCAACUUAUUUGGAGUAUUUUGAUAUUGAAGAUAGAAUUUAUAGUGGCACUCCAGGAGGGCAUACUUUCCGAAUGGCUGUCAAAUAUGUUUUGCCUUCUUUACUUUAUUCUGUAAUGGCACAUUUUAGAUGUUAUGGGGAAUAUGUUAAGCUAAUGAUGGGUGCAACAGAACAAGAAACUGAUCAAAAAGACCUUUACAAUACAGCAAUGUAUUUAAAUGUUGUUGGGAAACGAAUUCAAGAUCUUAAACUUCCAAUUGCGCCACACAUAAGCGAAAAAUAUUCUCGUGGCAUUCGGAGAGACAAUACUCGAUCUUUUCAUAUGAAUGUUAUCCAACAUAUACAACGAAGCAUUGAGGGCUGGGAAGGCAAAGAAAUUGGAUAUAUGUGUAAUAUGUUUAUAAGAGAAGGGGAACUUUUCCAGAUGAGGAAUUCGCCGACAAUUGCAGAUAAUAUUCUCCGUACUCGAUCUAAUUGGACUGAAAGAUAUGUUUUUCUCUUUGACCACUUGCUGGUUAUAUGUAAAUCACUUAAAAACCAUAACACAAAAGGAAAUGUUACUGGAAGCCAAUAUUUAUCUUCAACAUCUGCCUCAUACAAAUUUAAAGAUAAAUUAUACAUUCGACGAUCAGAUAUAAUUGAUUUAGAAGACGAUGAUGAAGUAAAAAAUGCUUUUAAAAUAUGUACAACAGCAAAGGGGAGUAAUGACGAAUAUAUGAAUAUUGUUACUUUAUUUUGUCAAACACCGGAAGACAAAGAAGCUUGGAUGACUUCUUUGGUUGAAAUGCAGACUGCUGGCGUUUUACAUCGCAUGUUGGAAGCUUAUUUAAAAGAAGAAGAAAAACGUAUUCCACUUAUUGUACCUACUGUUUGUGAAUAUCGCUAUGCAGAGCCGGAUACAGAAGAGAAUAUAAUUUUUGAAGAUUAUACCCAUAAUAGUGGUAUUCCUGUUGUGCGUUCAGGCACCAUUUUGAAAUUAAUUGAACGUCUCACAUUUCCAAGAUAUACAGAUAAUGAAUUUGUCAAAACUUUUAUGAUAACAUAUCGAUCAUUCUGUUCUUCCUCCGAACUUUUUUCUUUGCUUAUUGAACGUUUUACAAUUCCAACCCCCCAUCCAUUUGCUUCACUAGAUCCACAUAUGAGUGUUGUAUUAGCUACACAACAUCAACAGAAUCGAACUUCGGGGGAUGUUGUCAGCACUUCUCCAGCUUAUCAAAGCCUUUCUCCGGCAGAAUUGGAGCAGGCAUUUCACCGUUUUCGACAAGAAUAUCAAAAACCAAUUCAACUCAAAGUUUUGAGUGUUUUAAAUCAUUGGGUCAGUAACCACUUUUAUGACUUCGAAAAUGACCCCGAUCUCCUACAAAAACUUGUUGACUUUCUUAACGGCAAAGAUACUACAAUUAAAUUGACAACAAAUCACAAAAAAUGGUGUACUAAAAUUCAAGAUGUAAUUAAAAGAAAACAACGUAAUUCAAGUUCUGCAGAUGGAACUUUACAAAAACCAAUAAACAAUGACAGUUUACAAGUUGCUGGAACUGGUGGUUUUGCUCCUAAUAUUCCAGAGCCCGUUUGGCACUUUGCAAAAGAAGGCGAUAUUGCUAAUUAUGAUAUGUUGACACUCCAUCCAUUAGAAAUUGCAAGACAAAUUACUUUGCUUCAUUUUAGUCUUUAUCGUGCUAUUAAACCUUUUGAAUUAGUGGAUGCUGCUUGGACAAAACAAGACAAAUACCAAAGAAGCCCUCAGCUCCUAAAAUUUAUUGACCACAGCACAAAUUUAACCUAUUGGGUCGCUAAAUCUAUAGUAGAAACUGAAUCUUUAGACGAGAGAGCCGAAAUGUUUUCACGCGUUCUUGAAAUUAUGUUUGUUUUUGAGGAAUUGAAUAAUUUUAAUGGAUUGAUUGCUUUUUUCUCGGCUCUUAAUUGUCAACCAGUAUAUCGUUUAGAAGAGAGCAAGUCGCGCCUUGAGAAGGAGAAAAAAUCUUGGUAUGAUCGUUUUGUUCAAUUAUGUGGUGAUGGACAUUUAAGUGAAUUAUUACAUCGUCUUCGGUCAAUAAAUCCGCCGUGUGUACCUUUUGCUGGCACUUAUUUGACUCAAAUUGUUCUUCGCUUGGAAAGUCUUAAACAACUAGAAAAUCGAGAUAACAAGGCAAACCAACAAAAACAACAAAAUGCCUCUCCAAAUACUGAUCAACAACCGAAAACUGAUGUCUCUACACCAGAAGCUGAAUCAGACAAAAACUCAUCCCCAAGAUUGCCCCAAAAAUCCAAACUCAAUGAACGCUUAAACGUCUCUCAAAGAAUUAUUUCCUUUGUUAAAUGUCGCAAAAUUGCUGCUAUAAUCCGUGAAAUUCAAAUGUAUCAAAACCAGCCUUAUCCACUCAAAAUGGAACCGACAAUUCGGGUGGGGUUUUUUUUAAUUAAAAUUUUUUUAAAGAAAUUUACUGAAAAAUUUUGA